AUGACUGCAAGUGAAGGUAACGCGGCCGAGUCUGGCCACCAGCCCGCCGACGGUAGUGUCGCAUCGAAUUCCAACGCCGCAAAUGGUGGCAAUGCUAUGGUCGAUGUGAAGUCCGACGCACCCUCGAGUCCAAAGAAGAGAGCCAGAACAAGCAGUGAGGGCCUCGACGGUGCUGCUGCUGAUACUUCUGUCAAGCGAGUCAAGGGCGUGGCGCCCAUCAAGGCAGAAUUUUUGAUACAUCACAACGGCAACCACGACGACGCAAGAGGGCCGGCCGUGGACGACGACGCGGCCGAGGCAGCCGAUGCGGACCGCAAGUCUGGAGGCCUGCCCAAGACUGAUGCUCGUGAUGCCCCCAGAGGCAAGGGCAAGAGCAAAAAAGAAAAGAAACAAAAAGGCCAAAACACCAGCCGCACUUUUGGAAGCUCUCGUGACAAGAUACCACUCUGUGGCACUCGCGCAACUUUCAACGAAUUCUCGCCCAAGGAAUGUCCAUAUGGCGAAAAGUGCAAGUUCGAGCACGGUCUUCGCAAGUACCUCAAGGAUGGCCGACGGGAGGACCUGACCACUUUUGGUGGCCAGUGCCCAAUCUUCCAAGUCAAGGGCUUCUGCCAUUUUGGCUGGAAGUGCCGCUUCGUUGGAAGCCACUCGGAAGAGCGCACCACGGAAGAUGGCAGGAAAGAGCUGGUCCUGAAAGAAAAUGCCGAACUCAAAGCAACAGUUACGGGAGAUGACGACGAGGCCGAGGCCGAAGUGGUCAACAUCGUGCCCAAGGAAGUCAAGUUUGGUCUAUCGAGACGGAAGAUUGGCACUCCACGGUCUGACCAGUAUCUACAAUGGAUUGAGAGCAACAGCCGGAGCGAACGAGACAUGUUUGAUACUGCUCAGAUGGACCCGGAGAUUCUCAAAGAGGAAAAAGAAGCGCGUAGGGCAGAGUAUGUCGAGGCGCCUUUUAGACCGUCUGAGAAGCGAAGACUGUACUAUGGGCCCGAGACGCCCGUGCUCGCACCUCUUACCACCCAGGGCAACCUUCCCUACCGGCGACUUUGCAUCGACUUUGGCUGCCAAGUAACAUGGAGCGAGAUGGCCAUGGGCAUGCCUCUGAUCCAAGGUGACAAGGGUGAAUGGGCACUCAUGAAAGCCCACGAGUCGGAAAUCACUCCACCGAAAUUCCUAUCAAAGAACACAAUUGUGCAGGGCUACGACAAUUCUACCGACAUGAAGUUUGGCGCGCAGAUUGCCGCAAACAAGCCAUGGCUGGCUACAAAGACGGUCGAAGUGUUGACGGAUCACUGCCCCAAGCUGCGCGCCAUUGACCUCAACUGCGGAUGUCCAAUCAAUCUCGUCUGCGAAAAGGGAAGUGGCUCUGCACUACUGGACAGCGAGGCCAAACUGGAGCACAUCCUGCGUGGCAUGAGCUACGUCUCCAAAGAAGUUCCCAUCACCGUCAAGAUCCGCAUGGGGACAAAAGACAACCACCCGACCGCACAAAAACUUAUCAAGCGACUCGUGCUAGGCGGCCACGAAGCCGUUGAAUCCGGAAAAGGCACAUCGGGCGUUGCAGCCAUCACCCUCCACGGGCGAAGCAAGCAGCAACGGUACACUCGCAGCGCAGACUGGUCGUACAUUGCGGAGUGCUCCGCGCUCAUCAACCGGCUCCGCAAGGAACAAGACGCCCAAACCGACACCGUCCGCGAGGCCGAUGCCCGCGACCUCGCAAACGGCGGCCACGUCUACUUUGUCGGCAACGGCGACUGCUACUCGCACGAAGACUACUACCAGCACCUCAACAACGCCAAAGUCGACACCGUCAUGGCCGGCCGCGGCGCCCUCAUCAAGCCCUGGCUCUUCGAAGAAAUCGAAAAGGGCCAGUACCUCGACAAGUCUGCCACCGAGCGCCUCUCGUACAUUGAAAAGUUCACAAAAUACGGCUUGCAGACGUGGGGCUCCGACGAAAUGGGUAUUGGCACCACGCGUCGUUUCCUGCUUGAAUGGCUGAGCUUUGCGCAUCGCUAUGUUCCGAUUGGGCUGCUGGAGCAUUUGCCGCCGAAUAUUCAGGACCGGCCCCCGAGGUUUAGGGGACGAAAUGAGCUCGAGACUUUGAUGGCGAGUGAGCAUUAUAAGGACUGGAUUAAGCUGAGUGAAAUGUUCCUUGGCCCUGCCCACGAGAACUUCAAGUUUGAACCCAAGCAUAAAUCCAACGCUUAUGAGAUGGAAGCCGAGGGAUAGGAAGAUGGCAUGGCGCAACAGUUUGUUUGAUGACUGUGUCAAUAUGUGGGGUAUGCGAAC